ACGUGCGAUGGUAUGAGGACCGGUCCAUGCAAGAGCACGGAGCCAGACGGCGGUGCUGCUGAGCAACGAGCUUGGCCUCCCGGACAGCGAGCAUAUAAACAACGCUGGAAAACGCUGGAUCAAGCCUCGCAGAGUGUCUAUCAAGAGGAUGACCAUGAAGACUCUGACGCUGAGGGAACAGACUCUGGCGCGGACGAUUGCCAGAGCGAUGGGCAGCAGUCCGAACACGACAGCGCUGCCUCUGACGGGGAGUCAGUACAAUGCGAAGAGGCUGAAGGGAGCGCUUCGUAUCAGGCGGAUCACGUGGAGUUCGUAGCCAGCGCUCCUUAUGACGAUGGGUCCAGUUUGAAUCAGGACUACGGUUCCGACUUUGAGCAGGACUACGGUUCCGACUAUGAUCAGGACUACAGUUCCGACUACAGCAGUGACUACUGAUGCUGCCACGGCGACUGCACUAGAGAGUACAUAAAAUCAUGGUGACUGCGAUUGAAGACUGAUAUGCAAUGAGCUCUGUACCUUCCGAAUGCUCGGCUGCUUUUGCGUCGCUUUGGCCUGUACCUAUGGGAAUCUGAUGGGAAUGUCAGCAAUGAUCGGGAUAUUAGGCGCUUAGUACAUAUGUGGUUGGCCUGGAAGCACAUGUCUGAUUUCUCAAGUAUUGUGAUUGACG